AGCACAUGCUUCUCAAAGACUGGAAUGACAACGGAAAGAAUACAGAAGGAAAGAAAAGAAAAAACACUCCCUCAUCUGUUCGCUUUUUUCUUCACUUCCUUACUACUCCCCCCAUCUCUCUCUCUCUCUCGGCUCUCCCUCUCUUCUAUUUAUUUCGCAGAAAACAUGAAGGAAAAGAGGAGCAAAUUCCAGCGUGGACCAACGUCAAGUGAAAGUUUCUCAUGAGCUGGGAUCACAUCAUUACAGAGCGGAUGGAAGGACAGGAAGGAAAAUAUCAAUUCAACUCCAUGCCACGAUAAGCGCUUGGAUGAAUAAACAAUCGGGAAAGUAAUAAACUACUGCGCGCGCUCGUGAAUGUGUGACAGUCGGGUUCGCGUGCGUUGAGUCCGCCGCGACUCGAGGCUUUGGGUCGGGUUCUGGUUCUGACUCAUUAAGGGUUCCAACGGCCACGGAAGGUCGGAGACUUGAAGCCGAGAAGCAGAGGCGUCGCCACCCAUCGAUUCAGCAGUCAUGGCCGGGGCGAAACCGGGAGUACACGCGCUACAACUCAAACCGGUGUCUGUCCAUGAAGUGCUUAAAAAGGGGAGCAAGUUUAUCAAAUGGGACGAGGAGCCCAACAGUACACCCAGCCUUGUCACCCUCAAAGUGGACCCAGAUGGAUUCUUCCUCUAUUGGUCUGGAGGGACCAACAUGGAAGUGGAAAUCCUGGACAUCAGCCAUAUCAGGGACACCAGGACAGGGAAGUUUUGCAAGAUGCCUAAGGACCAGCGUAUGAGAGAGCUUUUGGGGUUGGGCAAAGGAGAAGGGAACGUGGAGUCCAAGCUGCUAACUGUUGUCUAUGGCAACGACCUGGUCAACAUCUCCUUCCUCAACUUCCAAGCUGUGCAGGAUGGCUAUGCCAAGGUGUGGACUGAUGAGCUCUUUAAACUUGCCACGAACAUAUUGUCCCACAAUUCUUCCAGCAACACCUUCUUAUUCAAAGCUUACACUAAGCUAAAGCUGCAGGUAAAUCAGGAUGGGAAAAUCCCUGUGAAGAAUUUCCUGAAAAUGUUCUCGGAUAAGAAGCGUGUGGAGACUGCGCUGGAACACUGCGGUCUCGUCAAUAACAGGGCCGAGGGUAUAAAGCCAGAUGACUUUACCUGGGACAGGUUCCAAAACUUCCUCAGCAAGCUGAGUCCCAGACCAGAGGUGGAGCGCAUCUUUGUGGAGCUAGGCUCUAAAGGAAAGCCCUUCCUAUCUCUGGAUCAGUUGAUGGACUUUAUAAACCGCAGACAGAGAGAUUCACGGCUAAACGAGGUACUUUACCCGCCGCUCAAACGAGAACAGAUCCGCCAGCUCAUGGAGAAAUAUGAGACCAACGCCAGCCAGCUAGAGAGAGAUCAGAUCUCCCUGAUGGGCUUCACAAAGUAUCUUGGUGGGGAAGAGAACUCUGUGGUUCCUCCUGAGAGGUUGGAUAUCAUCGAUGACAUGAAUCAACCCCUGUCGCACUAUUUCAUCAACUCUUCACACAACACCUACCUCACAGUGGGGCAGUUGACAGGUCUGUCAUCAGUAGAGAUGUAUCGCCAGGUGUUGCUGACAGGGUGCCGCUGUAUAGAGCUGGACUGCUGGAAGGGCCGCCCACCUGAAGAAGAACCAAUCAUCACGCACGGUUUCACCAUGACCACUGAGAUUCCAUUCAAGGAGGUGAUUGAGGCCAUUGCUGAAAGUGCAUUCAAAACGUCUCCCUACCCCCUCAUCCUGUCCUUUGAGAAUCAUGUGGACUCAGCAAAGCAGCAGGCUAAGAUGGCAGAGUACUGCCGCUCUAUGUUCGGGGAUGCACUGCUCAUUGAUCCACUGGAGAAAUAUCCGCUGGUCCCUGGUCAACAACUGCCAAGCCCCCAGGAGCUGAUGGGGAAGAUUCUAAUCAAGAACAAGAAGAAACGUGAUCCCAAGGCAUCUAACGGAGGGAGCAUCCGACGCAAAGAUGGCAUGGAUGACCAGUCCUCACCUUUAAAUGAUUCUCCUUUGUCUGAUGGGGAGGUAGGCCAGCUCAUGUCCAAUGGGGGUGAGAAGCUUGGAGAGAGGAUGGCCAAAGACCUUGAUAUCCGCAAAUCUAUUGAUCGUGGCGAUGGAGAGAGUGAUGAAGAGGAGGAAGAGGAACCCAUUCCCGAUCCAAAGAAACACAACAACACUGAUGAGGGUACUGCAUACAGUGAGGUGAACGCAACUGAGGAGAUGUCCACAUUGGUCAACUACAUAGAACCAGUCAAAUUCAAAUCCUUUGAGGUGGCAACCAAGAGGAAUAAAUAUUUUGAGAUGUCAUCUUUUGUGGAGACCAAAGGCAUGGACACUCUGAAGAACUCUCCCAGCGAGUUUGUAGAAUACAAUAAAAAGCAGCUGAGUCGUAUCUACCCCAAAGGGACUCGUGUUGACUCCAGUAACUACAUGCCACAACUCUUCUGGAACGUGGGCUGCCAGAUGGUGGCGCUAAACUUCCAGACGCUCGACUUGCCGAUGCAGCUGAAUAUGGGCGUGUUUGAAUAUAAUGGGCACUGUGGUUACCUGUUAAAGCCAGAGUUCAUGAGACGCAAUGACAAACACUUUGACCCAUUCACUGUGGAUAUUGUGGAUGGCAUCGUAGCCAACACAAUCAAGAUCAAGAUCAUCUCAGGGCAGUUUCUGAAUGAUAAGAAGGUCGGUGUUUAUGUGGAGGUGGACAUGUUUGGACUUCCUGCAGACACUAAAAGGAAAUAUCGAACGAAAACCUCUAACAAUAACUCUCUUGACCCAGUCUGGGAUGAAGAUACUUUUGUGUUCAACAAGGUGGUGUUGCCUACCCUGGCAUCUCUGAGAGUAGCCGUCUAUGAGGAAAACGGGAAGUUUAUUGGACAUCGCAUCUUGCCUGUAUCGGCAUUGCGCCCAGGGUACCACUACAUCAGUCUGAAGAAUGAGCUGAAUCAGCCGCUCAUGCUGUCCUCCCUGCUCGUGUACACAGAGGCGCAGGACUACAUCCCCAAUGAGCACCAAGAGUACGCUGAGGCUCUGACAAACCCCAUCAAACAUCUCUCUCUGCUGGCCCAGAGAGAAAGGCAACUUUUAGCACUUAUGGAGGACCCCACAGAGGGUGGCCCUUCAAAACAAGAGGAAGGAGACAAGUUUGACUCGAGCUGCGUGACCUCUGUUGACCCCAUUUUUCCUAUGCCUUCUUCAACACUCCCUCCUGUAGUCAAUGAGGUCAUGAGCACACCUGCAUCAGGGCCUAAAGAAGAUCUAGUCAACAAUAUUCUUAAAGUCAUUGAACCUCAGUCUAUUGAAGAGCUCAAGCAGCACAAUUCCUACCUGAAGCUGUUAAGGAAGCAAUGCAAGGAACUCAAGGAGCUGCGAAAGAAACACAUCAAAAAGGUGUGGGCUCUCAGUAAAGAUCAGAAGACUCGCUGUAAUCAGCUGAACUCGGAGCUACAGAGAAGACGGAUUCAGCUGGAGAAACGGUUGCGCCCCAGUCUGAAGAAAAGUGGAUCUGAAGAGCAUGCACUGAGGGAACUUAACGAGCUGGAUCAGGAACUUCAGAAACAGACGGAGAAGUUCAGACAGGAGCAGAUGCAGGAGCUUCUCGAUCUCCGACAAGCACAACAUCGGACAGAGACGGAGACUAAACACUGUCACCUUAAAGAGGCCAAUCAGAAGCUGAAGGAAAUCGCCCAAGAAUGCCAAGCAACCCAGAUCAAGAAACUCAAGGAAGUGUGUGAAAAGGAGAAGAAAGAGUUGCAGAAGAUUCUGGAGAGGAAGAGGCUGAACAGCAUCAUUGAGGCCAAGAAAGCAGAAAAAGAAAAGUCAGAGGCGGAGCUGAAUGAUAUCAAUAAAAAGCAUAUCUAUGAGUCGGUCAGCUUAAUCCGUCAGCUGGAAGUGUCUCAGGGGAAACGUCAAGAGAAGUUGAAAGCCCUUCACAAGGACAUUCUUCAGAAAAUGGAGGAGGAAGAUCCUCUGAAUCAGGCCCGCCUGACACGUGAAUGUGAUGCAGAGCUGAAGCGCCUACCAGAUGAGAUCUUUCAGUACCUACAAGGGGAGCUAGAGAGCAAAAGCUCCCUGAAAGACACCCUCAUGGCUCAGGCCAAUCACGACAGCUCUGGCUCCGGCCCACCUUCCAACUGCAGCACACCCCCUUACUCCUCCCCCAAUCACAGCUGGAGCAACAUCGGCAAUAUCAGUGCCUCAUUGCUGGACUCCCCCGCCACAAACACUCAUGUCAAGUCAGAGACGGACACUACAGGAGUGUACUAGUGAUACUACAGUUUUUUGUUUUGUUUUUCUUAUCAGUGUCUUCAAUCCAUUUCUGUCCUCAGUUGAUUCUAAGUAUAGAUAUAGUUUACUAAGACUAAGGAUUUUUUUUUUUUUUUUUUUUUUUUUUUUAAAUCCUGCAUACACUUUCCCACUUUGCCUGAUUUCAGAUCUUUAUACUUUCUUUUUAACCAAAGUCCUUUUUUAAUCCUUAAUUACAAUGGAUUUUUGUCUUGAUGCUAAUGCCUGUAUGUAAGACACCUGUGGAAAGGGUUGGGUGGGGUAAACCUUUUAUUAAGUUCUAUAUUUCUGUUGUAUAGUGUGUACUGUGCAGCUUUACGUGUAGUACUGCGAAUUGUCUUGAAGGUGGCAGUAGCGAAUGGGUGAAUUCUGAGGCUGUGAUGCUAGGGCUUGGCUAAUGCUGAAUCUGAAUGGUACGUGUUUACAUAAAAUUGCACAGAUGGACUAUUGCUUAGCCAAUCCACAGUAACAUGAUUUCAACAUUAAACAAAUUUCUUUUAAUGCAUCUACAUUGCAACCAAAACACUUUUCUGAAGAGAGUGAAUCGAUUAUCUUGUUUUGAGCAUGUUGUGUAUAAAUGUUUAAGUGCCUCACGUCGUCUUUUACUUUUACUCCCUCUACCAGAUUAUGCUUUCUAAAAUCCUAUAAUCCUACUCUCUCUACUCUACCUCCCCCAUAUCUGUCUCUGUUUAGGUUGGUUUAAUGUAAUCUAAUCCUGACUCUGAAAUUCAGUGUUAUUGGCAGUGAUCCCACAUGUCUCACACUCUCAAAUUGAUUGAUAUCCAGGAAACUUUCCAGACACUUUUUGUUAUUAUUUCUUGUUCCACCCCAUUUUUUAAACAAACCCCUUUGAAUCCACUCAUCCGGGUUCGAGUGGCGUUCUACUUCAGAUACUAUUACAGAGAUGCUACACGCACUAGUACUAUUUGUGACUGAGAUACUACAAACCCCCUCUGGCUUUAUCAAGUCAGGUCUAUUCAGAGUCAUAACAUGUUGUCUAAUAUACAUUUUUAAUGUGAGAUUGAAGCAAGACUUUCCCAGUUUAGCUCCGUUCACUGCAAUCCAGGGCUUUUUUUAGUCCAUUAGAAUGGAUGACAGUUGGAUUUGGCUUUCUCUUACUGUAAUCUGGUCUGCUGUCUCUCUGCAGUUCCUGUUUGCUUUAAUACAUUCGAUUCCAUCGCAUUUUCAUUCAUCUCUUGUGAGCCUCCCAUGUCCCUUCUCACCUUUUCCCCCACCUCUCUCUCUUAAAGAGGUAGAUCACCAAAAACUCAGCCUCAUGUUGUUCUAAACCUGUAUGAUUUUCUAAGGAGAUGGUAGGUAGUAUAUUAGGCAGUGACAGCCUCAGUCACUAUUCACUUUCAUAGCAUCUUCUUUUGUGUUUCACAGAAAAAAGAAAGUUAUAUGGAUUUGGAACAACAUGAGGCUGAAUAAAUGACAUUUCAUUGCAUUUUUUUGGGUGAACUAUCCCUUUAACACAGGGCUCUCUCAGGACAUCGUGGCUCAAAACGAAAAGCAGUACUUUGACAAACAUAUGUUUAAUACGGCGCUCGCUCUGCCAGCUGUACUCUAUGCCCUGCUAUCCUGGUCUUGGGUGCAUCAGUUGCACUAUAAAGCCAGUGAAUGAGAGUUUGCUUGGUGUUUUAUGACCUUUAUCGAAGCACUUACAGCACUUACGACUAUCAGCAAAGACAUUUGCUGAGUAACAGGCCUCAUAAUUGGCCUCUUUGACAAAUAUGCAACAUAGACGUGACAUUUACUCUCUUGGAUUGGAUGAAAGUAGAAAGGAUUUUCCUAGAUGUGUAAUUUACACAAUUUUUUAAGUGUGUGAGCGAGUGUGUGAGCGAGUGAGUGAUUGUGUGAGUGAGUGAUCAUACCCUUGGCUGUGUGAAUGGAUACUGCACAGUAUAGUUUAGAAGGCCAGAAGGGCACAAGCAAAAGGGCUGUUUUGAGAUGGGAAACACAAUAUUUCACUAUAAGGAGAUAAGAGUGUUGAGGGAUUGUGUUUGAGUGUGAAUGUACAUAAUUCAGCACAUAGUCUUUAUAGUGUGUUUGCAUGUUAAGUCAAUAGCGUUAUAUACCCAUAUGAACAGGAAUAAAUGGUACGUGCAUGUAAGUAUAUCCUCUCCAAAUUUCAUUUACUGUUGUACAUAAGGGCCAAGAUCAUUCUACCAGGAAAUAUUCAUGUGUAUUUCAUUGUAAACGCAUAACAGUUCUUAUGGAUCAUCAUAUAAUUCAUUCCUCUUUAGCGUCUACUACUGACUAGAGAAGAAGUGGAGGGUGCAGUCUGUCUUUGUGUGUCAGUUUAGGGAGGGGCACUUUCUUAAACGUUCACUAUCUAGUGUCCCUACAACAAGCACACUCUACCAUGAUACCAGUCAGUUAGUCUGUCUUCUGCUGUCCGUCAUAUUAUUUGUUGGUUAAAUGAGGUGUAGGUGUCUUUAUAGGGAAACACCCCAAAACUUUAUGGCCUGUUGUUUUAUUUUAUUUUAGACAUUUUAUUUUAAAAUCAAACACUGCGUAGCAUGAUUUUCCAAUAUCACUUUUGUAUUCUAAAUAGCAAGUUGAAAGAAGGAUGUUAUUUUUAUUUUUAUUUUUAUUUUUUUGGUUAAAAUGUAAAAGUGAUGGUUUUGACUUUGACGUGACAAAAUUGCAAAACUUUACUAUUUUAAAAAAAACUAUUUCUAAUAAUUAUUUCCUUGAAAACCACUUUUUUGUGUGUGUCUCGAAAUGGGACAAAAUUCAGGUUGUUGCUCUGAAUUUGCUCUGAAAACAAAGAAAUGAAAAUCCUGUCCUUUAAAUUCAGGUCUGCAUGGUUGGUAACGUUUGGAGUUUUCCAAAGCAGACGUUUGCAUGCCAAUUCCAGUCUAUAAUCAGAUAUCCUCAGGGGAGAUCAGAGCUGUGUCUUUUGACUCGUUUAUCCUAACUAUGUAAUAUUGGUGUUUAUAACAAAACCUGUGAGGACUGCAGUCAGACUUUAAGGGAAAUUACAUGCUUACCCAAGGGCUAACUUCCGCUCUGCCUCAGUUACAGCUUUAACCAAGUACAUAUUUCAUAGUUUCAGGAGUUUAUAGUUUAUUGCAUUCUCUCUCUCACACACUCUUUGCAUCUGACUCUUUAUCACCUUCCUACUGUAACACUUGUUAACACUGUAUGUAGAUAAAGUACUGGUCUGCCUUGUUAAAGGGAAAAUUAUUACUCUGGAUGUAAUUUUUAUUGCCUCAAUAAAUAAUAUAACUGUACAUUCAAUAAAUAAGGAACGUUGUCAAAAAUGC